AUGGGGAAAGACACAUUCGAGCUCGCUGGCCAGGAAUGGCCAAAGGUGACCUGGUGGAGGAUGAAGGGGAUGCGCUUUGUCUAUCUGACUCUGUGGGCGGCAAUGAUCACCUCCGCUACUAACGGAUACGAUGGUUCUCUGAUGAAUGGAUUGGAAGCCAUGUCAUCGUGGAACAGAUCCUACAACAACCCCAGCGGUGGGACCCUUGGCCUACUUGCUGCUGCUAUGUCUAUCGGUUCCAUGCUGUCUAUUCCUGUGGUACCGUACGUUGCGGAUAUCUAUGGUCGACGUGCUGGUGUUGUCAUCGGCUGCAUAAUUAUGUUGUUUGGCGUUUCACUGGUUUCUAUUGGAUACCACAUUGCCUUAUUUGUUGUCGGUCGUAUCAUUCUUGGAUUUGGCCUGGGUAUUGCGCAGGAAUGUUCACCACUUCUGGUGACUGAGUUGGUUCAUCCCCAACACCGAGCCGUCUACAGCACUAUCUACAACUCUCUGUGGUAUGUGGGUAGCUUGAUCGGUGCCUGCGUUGCUUUGGGUACAAACCACAUUCAAACAAGUGCUUGGGGAUGGCGCGUCCCUUGCCUUCUGCAGGCUCUUCCAUCUAUCUGCCAACUAAUUUUCAUCUGGACUGUCCCCGAAUCCCCUCGCUGGCUCAUUUCGAAGGGCAAGCUCGAGAAGGCCAAGAAAAUCCUAGCAUAUGUCCAUGCUCAAGGCGAUGAAAAUGAUGCUUUGGUCAAUGUGGAAUUCGAUGAAAUUCAGCAGACUAUCGCGCUCGAGAAAGAAUUCGAGCAUAAUGGCUGGUCUCAACUGUGGUCCACCCCGGGCAAUCGCCACCGCUCUCUUAUUCUCAUCACAAUCGGUUUCUUCUCUCAGUGGUCUGGCAAUGGAAUUGUGUCCUAUUUCCUGCCUCAAGUCUUGAAACUUAUCGGGAUCACAAACAGCAACACGGUUCUUACGAUAAAUUCUAUUCUGAGUGCGGUUAACGUCGUUUCUGCUACGGGAAUUUGCUUCUUCGUGGACUACUUUGGACGACGAAAGCUAUUCCUGUUCUCAAGUUGCAGCAUGCUGGUAUGCUAUGUCUCCACGACCAUCGCUUUAGCUCGUUUCUCUGCGGAUACCAGUGGCACCAACACCGCCGCCGCUCAUACUGUCAUCGUUUUCAUCUUCCUCUAUUACAUCUCGUACAACAUUGGAUACAGUGGCUUGCUGGUAUCUUAUUCGUCUGAGAUCCUGCCAUACCACCUUCGCGCCAAGGGUCUGACUCUAAUGUUCUUCUGUGUUGAUCUCAGUCUCUGGUUCAACCAGUAUGUCAACCCAGUCGCUCUGGACGCCAUCCACUGGAAAUACUAUCUUGUCUACUGUGUCUUCCUGGUGUUUGAGAUCAUUAUUGUGUGGAAAUUCUAUCUUGAGACGAAGGGAAUUCCACUGGAGGAGAUUGUUAAGAAGUUCGAUGGUGACACGGCUAUUCUUGGUGGUGCGGCUGCGAGUGAGAAGGUUCAGCAGCUUACCGGGCAAGCAACCGUCUCGGAUGAUGGUGAGAAGGCCAUUACUAGUCAGAUGGAAGUGCAUCCUUAG